AUGACAGCCUCAAUUCGCACCAUCUCCUCACCACUGUCCUUGGGCUUCUCCCCCUCCCGCACGCCCUCUCCUCACUGCUCGUCCAUGGCGUCAAAGGCAAUCCCAGUCAUGAAUCCUUGGGAGGUCGAUGCUCUAAACUACGAAUUCCCCCAAGAGGGCUCUUACAACGUCGAUGGCACUGUGAACCCUGCAGGCACAUGGCGUCAGGUUCAAGAUCCCGUCAUCUAUCCUGGUCUCUAUGCUCCCAGCGGCAUUGACAUCAUGUCCAUUUUGUUCCGUGUCAUGGGUCGACCAAACCCUCAAGUUGUUCUUGGCCCCGUCGAUUGCUCUGUCGCUAUGGUUGUCUGUGAUAUGGGCCGCACUGACGCUCCCGUCAUCUACGUUUCUGAAUCAUUCUCCGACCUUACUGGAUACUCUGCUCGUGAAUCUCUAGGCCGAAACUGCCGCUUCCUCCAGUCACCUCCCGGACAAGAACGCCACCCCAACAGGAAGGGUUCUGACAAGGUCGCAUCGCACCGCAUGCAUCAGGCUCUCCUUGCCGGAAAGGAGAUUCAGACUCCUGUCACCAACUACAAGAAGUUCGGCCAAGCCUUCAACAACCUUCUCACCAUCAUCCCUGUGCCUGUUGAUAACACCGGUAGCCGUUACUGCAUCGGCUUCUUGUGUGAGAUGGAUUAA